AGGGAUGGUGUCUCUAAGCCUCCUGCCAAUAGAGCCUGGAGAGGACCCCCACACACACAUUGGGUGGGGGGAUAAAAGCCCUACACAUUAACUUACUACAGACCAGGCACUGUGCUUCAUCCUUCACUUGCAAUUAAUUAUCAAAAACAAAACAAAACAAAAGCACCUGGCGGGGGGGGGGGGGGUAGAUUCUGUUGUUUCCAUAUGAUGGACAAGGAAGUUGAGAUUCAGAGAGGGAAGUUGUCUGCCCCAGUCAGGUUGCACAUCUGGCAAAUGACAAAGUGGUAUUUGAACUAAGACCCACCUGACUUGCCCUAGACAGCCUCUAGCAGGGGCCCUCAGCGGCUAGCUGGGUGCCAGACCCAGUCACUAGAUCCCCGCCCAGGGCCCCCACACCCAAAUCACCACCUUUAGUUCUACUGGACAACACUGCUUCCCUUGGUUGCCACUUAACUUGUUUAUUGGGUGAGUCGGAUUCAUGCAAAAAUACAGAUUGUGAUGGUAUGACCCUAGCUCCCACUUAAGACGCACCAGUUCUACUGGGUGUCAAAACCAAUGUUACUCACGGACGAUUCUGCAAAAGCAUCUGUCAUUAGCCCCAUCUUACAGAUGGGGAAACUGAGACUCACCCAAUGUGGUAGAGCUGGAUUUGAGCAGAAAACUGCUGUCUCCUGUGGCCACACACUUACGUCUCACAUUGUACCCACCACCUUUGAAGACCUACAGCUGUGUGCUUGUGCCCUUGGGGAACCCGUUCAAUCCCAACCAUAGCAGUCUCCAGCUUUUGAACCCUCACAGCCUGUGUCUAAACCACACCCAUCAGAUGUGCUUCUUGAAAUAAAGAGGAAAAAACCCCCAGGUGAGCAAAAAUAAUUCUAGGGCUGGUUCUGGGACCUCCCUUCAGUGGAUUUUCUCCAAGACACCAAGCACAGCUUCUGUGUGCUGGGGUAAUUGUGUCUAGACCGCUGUUCAAUGGGGAGAAAGAUAUUGUAAAGCUGCAGAAUGAAUCCAGCCCAGACUCUGCCUCUUACUGACUGCAUGACCUUGGAUAAGUCUGUUCCCUUCUCUGAGCCUCAGUUUCCUCCUUUGAUGGAAGGGCAUAAUGAGAGCGCCUACCUUGUAGGGGCGUGAGGGGAAUUCAAGAAUAACAUACAGGACUUGUAAAAUCUUAGCACAGGGCUUGGCACACCACAAAGUUUAAGUGCUUCUCCUUCGUCUCUAAUUGCUCCAGGCUUAGUCCAGCCCUACUUGGGCGUGGAGGAGCAAGGAUUGUAUGUAAGGGAGAGGGUCUGAUAGGUUCCGGGCGGUUCUGAGGCAUCCUAAGGUCUGAGAUGUGCAUUGGGAGUUUGCAGCAGCCGGGCGCGUGGAGGGGCGUGUCUAGGGGGCGUGUCCUUUUCAGGCUGUGCUGCGAGCAGUCGGGGGAGGCGGGCGUUGGAACUGGGCGGGCCGAGGAGGAAGGGUGUGCUCGGGGGGCGUGGCCUUCCGGGCCCCGGACGCUGACAGAUGGGGGGAGAGGGCGGAGCGAGACAGGAGGCGGAGGGGCGUGCUCGAAGCGGGGCGUGUCCUUCCCGGCUGGUGAUGUAGGCUGUGGAGCGGCCCCCGCCCGACGAGGGGCGUGCCCGGGGCGUGGUCUACAGGUCAGGCUCCGCCCCCCGGAGUUGGGCACUGAGCUCCACAGCUUCGUGGCCUGAGAAAGGCGGGAACCGUCGGGCUGAGGAGGUGUACAGGCUGCAGGCAGUGACCGCGGGGAACCAUGACUGCAGUGGGACGAAGAUGCCCCGCACUGGGACCUAGAGGGGUUGCUGGAGAGCCAGAGGCUGGCGGGGACUAUGUGAAGGGUUGCUGUGGGUUCAAUGAGUCCAUGCCCAUAAGUAGGGUUGCUGGACCUGAACUAGAGCUGGCUGGCCUGGCUGCUGACCCUGGAGACAUUCCAUUACCUGAGAUGCUGCCCAUAAAGCCCCAUGUAAGUAAUGGGCCAUGAGGGAGCAUGGGAAGUGCUCAGAUAUCUGCCCCUCACUGUCAUCAGAAACCUCAGAUAGGAAGCCACUGGAGCUCAGCAGGUAGGGGAUGACUUUCAGUUUGGGAGAUGGGGAGGGGGAGAUCAAGGAAGGCUUUCUGGAGGAGGAGGCAUUGAAACCAAGCCAUUGCACUUGACCAGGAAUGUUCACCAACAUCCCGUUCCCAAAGGAAAAGCUGAAGAGAGGCAAAGAUAAGCAGAAAUAGAUAGGAGAGUGGUCCAAGCAGAGGGAAGGGUGUGGGCAAGGUCAGAAAGCAAGCUGGGUGAGCCCAGGAAGUGUAACCCAGGGUAGCGAUAAGUUGAGCUAGAGCUGCUCCUGGAAUCUGGGCCCUGGCUCUUCAUCGGGAGCCCUUACACCAUAGGGUGAUGGAGGCCUCAGGGAGAACCAGGACCAAAGCCAGUGAGUAGGACACAGGGGACACACAGUUUUCAGAUCCCUGGCAAGGGAGUGAGGUCUCCAUCACUGAUGGUAGUAAGAUCCUUAUGAGGAUUAGUAACUUGUAUUUUUCCUUUAGUUUAUGGGUCUGAACAUGUACUUUAAAAUACUAUGAAGGAAAUAAUACCUGUUCACUGGAACUAAUUAAAGGACGAAGUCAAAAGAACAUUAGUUUUAGCUUCAAGCCUCAGACGGUGGUAGAAUCAAUAGUUAGUUACCAACCAUCCAUUCCUGCCCUGAGGUACUAGCUUUCAGAACUCCAGGUUUCUCAGACCACAAUGUGAUCAAUUCGAUUCCAAGUCAAGGGUUCUGAAGUUCCAAGGCCAUAAAAUUCCACGCUCCAGUGCUCAGAGCUUCUGGUGUAUUUUUAGAAAACAAUUGAACAGCUGAGGCCCAGAGAGGUGGACUUACCUCCCUAAGGUCACACAGCCUGUCAAAAGGAUUUGUACCCUUGGCCUGACUGGUGCAGAGUCAGUGAUGACCCCCACCCCCCGCCUUAUUCCUAGGACAAAAGUCCAGAUUGUAAGACAAUAAGCUUGGCAAUAAUAGCACGCAUUUAUUGAGCAUUUACUUUAUGCAUGACAACUUAAUAGGCAUCAGACUCAGGCAAGGCUCAGAAGAGCUCUGAUGAGCUCUUCUGAUGAGCUCUGAUGAGCUCUAUGUUUUCCAGAUGAGUGAAUCCCACCUCCAAGAGAAGGGGCUGCUGGGGUGGAGGUGCCCCCCCCCCAUGCUAGCUGAACCCAGGUUGGUGCCCUAAGCAUCUACUGGCUCUCCACACCCCCAGAGUCUGUCAGUUCAGCAUCCCCCGGUUCUCUGCCCGAGUCCCUGAAUCCCAUUCAGAGGUGAGAAAUCCUGGGCUCUGGGAGAUUUCCAGAGGCCACAAAGGAUUUGGUCAAAGGCAUAUAGGGAUUUCUCCAGCUUUAGAUAUGAUUGAAUUCAAAGUCUUUGCCCGCUCCGGGUUAGUGAAGGUAGGUACGGUGAGUUGGGGGAGCCAGGAACCCCCCCACUCCCGGGCCCAGACAUCCCCAACUCAUCCCGCUGCCCCCUGUCCCCCCCAACCCCCUGAUGGCCCCCCUAGGCAGGUCUUCUGCCCCGCGUCCCCAGGCUCCGGGCAGCCCUGCGGGGCUGGAGCGCGGGGGGCGAGGGGCGGGGAGCGAAGGGCGGGCGGAGGGAGGAACAAUGGCCCCCUCCCCUCCCCUGACCGGCGGGAGGGUGGGGUCUCCCCGCCCCGCCUCCCCGCUCCUCCCCCGCCAAGGCGAUGAGGUAAUCGCGCCGCCGAGAGGCACGCGCAGCCGGUGCCCAGCCCGGUCGCUCCCCGCGCCCCUGCCCCGCCGGCCGCCGCCCCCCGCACCGGCCCGGCCCCGGACGCCCGGCCCCACCAUGACCGAGCGGUGCAGCCUGUGGAGUGCCCUUUCGGCCGCAGCCUGCUGCUUCUACCGCGGCUCCUUCGUGCAGGUGCAGUUCUCCAAGGAGAAGUACAUCUUGGACUCCUCCCCUGAGAAGCUACACAAGGAGUUGGAGGAGGAACUCAAACUCAGCAGCACAGAUCUCCGUAGUCAUGCCUGGUAUCAUGGCCGCAUCCCCCGUGAGGUAUCAGAGACCCUGGUGCAGCGCAACGGUGACUUCCUCAUCCGGGACUCUCUCACCAGCCUGGGUGACUAUGUGCUCACGUGCCGCUGGCGCAACCAGGCCCUGCACUUCAAGAUCAACAAGGUGGUGGUGAAGGCCGGGGAGAGCUACACCCACAUCCAGUACCUGUUCGAGCAGGAGAGCUUUGACCAUGUGCCCGCCCUCGUGCGGUACCAUGUGGGCAGCCGCAAGGCCGUGUCGGAGCAGAGCGGUGCCAUCAUCUACUGCCCUGUGAACCGCACCUUCCCGCUGCGCUACCUGGAGGCCUGUUAUGGCCUUGGCCAGGGCAGCAGCAAGGCGGCCAGCCCCGCCAGCCCCUCGGGCCCCAAAGGCAGCCACAUGAAGCGGCGCAGCGUCACCAUGACCGAUGGACUCACCGCCGACAAGGUUACCCGCAGUGAUGGCUGCCCCACCAGCACCUCACUGCCCCACCCCCGGGAAUCUAUCCGCAACUGUGCCCUCAGCAUGGACCAGAUCCCGGACCUGCACUCGCCCAUGUCACCCAUCUCCGAGAGUCCCAGCUCCCCUGCCUACAGUACUGUGACCCGUGUCCACGCCACCCCUGCAGCUCCAUCAGCCACAGUGCUGCCUGCCUCCCCUGUCACCCGCCGCUCCAGUGAACCCCAGCUGUGUCCCGGAAGUGCCCCGAAGCCCCCUGGGGAGUCAGACAAGGGCCCUUAUGCCAGCCCCUCCCACACUCUCUCCAAGGCCUCCCCAUCCCCGUCACUCAGCAGCUACAGUGACCCGGACUCCGGCCCUUACUGCCAGCUGCGGCCUCCUGUCCGUGGCAGUCGAGAGCGGGCAACAGCUGAGGCCUCCAGCCGGCAGGCCAGGAGCUAUGGGGAGAGGCUAAAGGAACUGUCAGAGAAUGGGGCACCCGAAGGGGACUGGGGCAGGGCCUUCAUAGCCCCUGUUGUGGAAGCCACCUCUUCCUUCAACCCCGCCACCUUCCAGUCACUAUUGAUCCCCAAGGAUAACCGGCCACUGGAGGUGGGCCUCCUGCGCAAGGUCAAGGAGCUGCUAGCAGAGGUGGAUGCCCGGACGCUGGCCCGGCACGUCACCAAGGUUGACUGCCUGGUUGCUAGGAUACUGGGCGUUACCAAGGAGAUGCAGACCCUAAUGGGAGUCCGCUGGGGCAUGGAGCUGCUCACCCUCCCCCAUGGCCGGCAGCUACGACUAGACCUGCUGGAAAGGUUCCACACCAUGUCCAUCAUGCUGGCCGUGGACAUCCUGGGCUGCACGGGCUCGGCGGAGGAGCGGGCAGUGCUUCUGCACAAGACCAUCCAGCUGGCGGCUGAACUUCGAGGGACCAUGGGCAACAUGUUCAGCUUCGCUGCGGUCAUGGGUGCCCUCGAUAUGGCUCAGAUUGCCCGGCUGGAGCAGACAUGGGUGACCCUUCGGCAGCGACACACAGAAGGUGCCAUCCUCUACGAGAAAAAGCUCAAGCCAUUUCUCAAGAGCCUCAACGAGGGCAAAGAAGGCCCACCGCUGAGCAAUACUACGUUUCCGCACGUGCUGCCGCUUAUCACUCUUCUUGAGUGUGACUCGGCCCCAGCAGAGGGCCCUGAGCCCUGGGGCAGCACAGAGCACGGCGUGGAGGUGGUACUGGCCCACCUGGAGGCUGCCCGCACCGUGGCCCACCACGGAGGCCUGUAUCACACCAACGCGGAGGUCAAGCUGCAGGGGUUCCAGGCCCGGCCAGAGCUCUUGGAGGUGUUCAGCACUGAGUUCCAGAUGCGCCUCCUCUGGGGCAGCCAGGGCGCCAGCAGCAACCAGGCCCGGCGCUACGAGAAGUUCGACAAAGUCCUCACUGCCCUGUCCCACAAACUGGAACCUGCCGUCCGCUCCAGUGAGCUGUGACCCCCACGCACCCCUCCCCUCUGCAGCUGCGGGCAGCAACAGGGACAGAGGGGCACAGACCUCUCCCCAGAGCACCCCAGAGACACUGUGAUCAUCCCAAGAAUGUUCUGGGCCCAAACCAGGAUCUCCCUUGCCCCUCCAGGGUCCUGCAGGACCCCAGGGCUCCAUCCCACCCGGUGUGUGCCCACCAAGUAUCCUUUCAGGAAGAACCGGAACCCUGCUUCUGCUUCUCCCCUUCCUGCUGAGGUGCCCUGUGUUGGAGCCAUGGGAGGGUCUUCAAGCCUCCCCACUCUUCUCUGGGCAUUUGCCCGCAACGGACACCAAGGCCUCCACCCGGUUGUAAAUCUAUCUGUUCUGUAAAUAGAUGUACAGAAGCCAUGUUCUUUCUUUCAUAAAAUAAACUUUUAUGACUCUUU